CCAGUCCAGUUCCCUCUGCACUUUACCGAAUCACCUCCAUUUCCCGCGUCCACCGCGGCGGCCGUGCCCGUGCACCACCCGACGCCACGGCACGAAACACAAUCCCGCCGAGGCAUGGAGGCACCAUGCACGUACCUCCCCGGCCUGCUGCUCGCGCUGCUUCUCUGCUGCUGCAGCCUCCUUCCCCGCGCGGCCGCGCAGUCCUCCCAGCCGGCGCCGGCGGCGGACGAGGCGCACCUCCUGCUCCAGAUCAAGCGCGCGUGGGGCGACCCGCCCGUGCUCGCCGGAUGGAACGCCUCGGACGCGCACUGCGCGUGGCCAUACGUGGGCUGCGACACGGCAGGCCGCGUCACCAACCUCACCCUCGCCGACGUCAACGUCUCAGGCCCGUUCCCAGACGCCGUCGGCGAGCUCGCGGGCCUCACGUACCUCAACGUCUCCAACAACAGCAUCGCCGACGUGUUCCCGAGCACGCUGUACCGCUGCGCUUCGCUGCGGUACAUCGAUCUCUCCCAGAACUACUUCGGCGGCGAGAUCCCCGCGAACGUCGGCCAGGGCCUGGCGGCGAGCCUGACCACGCUGGUCCUCAGCGGCAACGAGUUCAACGGCACCAUCCCGAGGUCGCUCUCCAGCCUCCUGAACCUCCGGCAUCUCAAGCUCGACAACAAUCGCCUCGCCGGCACCGUCCCGGGUGGUCUCGGUGAGCUGACGAGGCUUCAGACGCUGUGGCUGGCGUUCAACCCGUUCGUCCCUGGCAAGCUGCCGGCGUCAUUCAAGAACCUGACAAAUCUAGUCAGCCUCUGGGUGGCGCACUGCAACCUCGUCGGCGACUUCCCGAGCUAUUUAGAGGAUAUGCAGGAGUUGGAGGUGCUGGACCUCUCGGACAACAUGUUGGCAGGAAACAUACCUCCGGGGAUUUGGAACCUGAGGAAAUUGCAAAAGCUGACAGUAUUCAGUAACAAUCUCACCGGCGACAUGGUCGUCGACGAUGGCUUUGCUGCAAAGAGCUUGACCAUAAUUGACGUCUCCGAGAACAACCUUAGUGGAGUCAUCCCAGAAGUCUUCGGGCAUUUACAGAACCUCACAAAAUUACAUCUCUUCAGCAAUAACUUUUCAGGCGAGAUACCAGCGAGCAUCGGCCGGUUGCCGUCUCUAUGGACUUUGAGAUUGUACAGUAACAGGUUUACCGGCACACUUCCGCUGGAACUCGGGAAGCACUCGGGCUUGGGUUAUGUAGAGGUUGAUGACAACGAGCUCACCGGCGCCAUUCCAGAAGGGUUAUGCGCCGGAGGCCAGUUCCAUUACCUCACCGCCGAGCACAACCACCUGAACGGCUCCAUCCCAGUUAGUCUUGCCAACUGCACGACUCUUGUGACCCUGGACCUAGACAAUAACCAGCUCACCGGCGACGUGCCAGAGCCUCUAUGGACAGCGAGGCAGCUUCAGUUCCUAACACUACAGAGUAACCAGCUCACCGGGAGUCUUCCGGCAGCGAUGUCUACAAACCUUAAGACGUUACAGAUAGGGAACAACCAAUUCGGUGGCAACAUUUCGGCUUCGGCAGUUGAGCUCAAGGUGUUCACCGCCGAGAACAACCAGUUUUCUGGCGAGAUACCGGCGAGUCUUGGCGACGGCAUGCCGCUGCUGGAGAGACUGAACCUGUCAGGCAACCAACUCUCUGGCGCGAUUCCCAAGAGCGUUGCUAGCCUGAGGCAGCUGACGUUUCUAGACAUGAGCAGGAACCAGCUCAGCGGCGCGAUCCCGGCCGAAUUGGGCGCCAUGCCGGUGCUCAGCGUCCUCGACCUUUCGUCGAACGAGCUCUCCGGCGCCAUACCUCCGGAGCUUGUGAAGCCAAACCUCAACUCCCUCGACCUGUCCUCCAACCACCUCAGUGGCCAGGUCCCGAUCGGGUUCGCCACGGCGGCCUACGACAACAGCUUCCGCGACAACCCCGGCCUUUGCACCGAGGAGGCUACGGGACCCGCCGGCGUGCGCUCCUGUGCUGCGGCUGCGGGAUCACAAGACAGGGGUUCUUCCCGAGGCGUCUCACAUGCACUCCGCACGGGCCUCCUUGUCGCCGGCGGCGUGCUCCUCGCCGCCGCUGCCUUCGCCCUGCUACUCGUCCGCGACAUGAAGAAACGGCGGCGCGUCGCGGUCCGGGACGAGUGGAAGAUGACGCCUUUCGUCCACGAUCUGGGCCUCGGGGAGGCGUCCAUACUCCGGGAGCUGACAGAGGAGAACCUCAUCGGCCGCGGCGGUUCCGGCCACGUGUACCGCGUCACCUACAUCAACCGUCUCACCGGGAGCGCGGGUGUGGUGGCCGUGAAGCAGAUACGGAUCGCCGGGACGCUGGACGAGAAGCUGGAGCGCGAGUUCGAGUCGGAGGCCGGCAUCCUCGGCAGCGUCCGGCAUAACAACAUUGUCAGGCUGCUGUGCUGCCUCUCCGGCACUCAGGCCAAGCUCCUUGUGUACGACUACAUGGACAACGGCAGCCUGCACCAGUGGCUCCACGGCCACAACUCCCGCGCUGAUGGGCACUUUACGGCCAGGGCGCCGCUGGACUGGCUGACGAGGCUCAGGGUGGCCGUCGGCGUCGCGCAGGGGCUAUGCUACUUGCACCACGAGUGCUCGCCACCCAUCAUUCACCGCGACGUCAAGACGAGCAACAUCCUGCUGGACUCGGAGUUCAGGGCCAAGGUCGCUGACUUCGGGCUGGCCAGGAUGCUGGUGGAGGUCGGGGCACCCAAAACGAUGUCCGCCGUCGCUGGGUCCUUCGGCUACAUGGCUCCCGAGAGUGCUUACACGAACAAGGUGAACGAGAAGGUCGACGUCUACAGCUUCGGCGUCGUUCUCCUGGAGCUCACCACCGGCAAGGAGGCCAGCGCCGGCGGCGAGCACGGCGGCCUGGCGGAAUGGGCGCGGCACCACUACCAAUCAGGGGGGAGCAUCCCUGAUGCCACAGACAAGAGCAUCAGGUACGCAGGGUACUCUGAGGAGAUCCAGGUUGUGUUCAGCCUAGGCGUGCUGUGCACCGCAGAUAUGCCGUCGUCGCGGCCAACCAUGAAGGACGUGCUGCAAAUCUUGCUCAAGUGCAGCGAGCAGACGUGCCAGAAGAGCAAGAUGGAGAACGGCCAGGAGUACGAGGCGGCUCCUCUCCUGUUGCCGCAGCGGCACAGUCGCCGGAAACAGCCGUCGAACGGAACAGGAAUCGACAUCCAAGAGAACAGUGACUUCGACAGCACGGUCUGAGAACCGAACAUUGCACACAUGCCAGUACAGUAAGUCUGGACAGCGUCAGUAAACAGAUAUAGCUUAGAGUUAAUGCAUUUUAGUCAUACUUCUGUUAGUACAAUACAUUGUACUAUUGUAGCACAAUAUAGCUUAGAGUUAUGCAUCAUAACU